AUGACAUUCCUGAACGUUAUAGUUAUUCUGCCAAUUCUGUUUGUAGUGCAACAUUCACUAAGUGUAGAAGUAGCUCGCUAUGAUAACUACCGGGUGUAUGAAGUGACAGCAUCAACUUCGGGUCACCUGGAGACACUAGAGUUUCUAAAAUCUUCCAGUGAUAGUGUUAUUUUCCUAGAAAGUGGUAGUAAAGUGGGAGAUUAUUUCAACAUUGUUGUGGCACCUCAUAAACUGGCAGACUUUGCUGCAACUUUGGAGAACGAGGGAAUGCAUGCUCGUGUGCUUGAAAUGAAUCUACAGGAACCGAUUGACGCGGAGAGGAACCGAAUGGUAUCAAAGCGAAUAAAAGGAAUUUUCGAUUGGACUGAUUAUAGGGAUCUGACCGAGAUUCACGAUUGGUUGGAGAAGCUAGCCUUAGAGUAUGAUCAGGUGGAAAUCAUUAACGGGGGUCGCUCUUAUGAGAAUCGAACGAUAAAAGGAGUGAAAGUGUCGUAUAAAUCCGGUAACCCCGGAAUCUUCAUCGAAGGUGGAAUACAUGCGCGCGAGUGGAUUUCUCCAGCGACAGUAACCUAUAUUUUGAACCAGCUGCUUACUAGUGAGGAAAAAAGUGUUCGACACAUUGCUGAGAACUACGAUUGGUACAUAUUCCCCAGUGUAAAUCCGGAUGGUUACGCGUAUAGCCAUAAAACUGAUCGCCUUUGGCGCAAGACCCGAACUCCAUAUCCGGGAGGUUGUUUCGGUGCUGAUCCAAACAGAAAUUGGGAUUAUUAUUGGGCCGAGAAGGGUUCCAGUCAUCGAUGUACCGCUGAAUCCUUUGCUGGUUCUCAUCCGUUUUCAGAAAUAGAAACCAAAACCCUGUCGGACUAUAUCAACUCUCUGCGGGGAAAGAUUCAAACUUACAUUACCUUCCACUCGUACUCUCAGCUGCUCCUGUUUCCUUACGGGCAUACCAGUCAACAUGCUGAAAACCAUCAGGAUAUGAAUGAAAUUGCAAAAGCAACAGUUACUUCCCUGGCACAACGAUACGGAACCAAGUACCGGUAUGGCAACAUCUACGAUGCAAUCUAUCCGGCUAGUGGAGGCAGUGGAGAGUGGGCUUACGGUGUUCAGGGUAUAAAACUUGUCUUCACUUACGAACUGCGACCAGCCCAUGGAUGGGUCGGGUUUGUGCUGCCUCCGGAACAAAUUAUUCCCACCGGAGAAGAAACCCUCGACUCCUUGGUCACGCUAGUGGAUGAGGCGGCCAAGCGAGGCUAUUACAAAGUUGGAGUCGAAAGUUUUAAAACGCUGGAGAAAAAGUGUACUUGUCCUACAGAUUGAUAAAUUGACCAAAACUACUGGAAUGUUCAGUUUAAGUGUUCCGUUGAAUAGUGCAUUCAACGAAACCAUUCCUAUCGUUGAUAAACAAUGUUUUGACU